AUGUCCUUUAGCUGGUGGCAUGAAAUAUACAUGCCAGAGGAGAUUUUGUGCCAUUUUUACAAAAACCGCCCCCAGGCAAGCGUCCACAUGGCCAGCUCAAAGUUCAAGCUCUAUAAUGAAGCCAGCAAGACAUAUUCAUCGGCGCCUCAGUUCUCUUGCAUCCGUUCAAUCGAAGCAGAAUGGGAUAUCGGAGAGUAUAACGGACUGACCCGGCGAAGAUCAGCUGGAGGCUAUCCAGAUAAACUGAGAGCGGCUGUCCAUCGAAGUGAACGCCUCGAAAAUCUUACGUUAGUCAACACGCAGAAUUGGAGACCGGUUAUCUCUGGCGGUGGUCCCUAUGAAUGGAGCGAAGUUCAAGCUAAAGACCAGGGGGAUCUAAUUUCUGCGAAGAAAGAGAAUGUCCUUCCUCAAGUCAAGAACAUCCACUUCGAAAGUAUAAGAUUUGAGCCGCAUCAGAGCGCCCUAUGGGCCGCACGGCUACAGUGGCAAGCUCUCAAACAUCUAGCCUUGAUCUGCGUCGAUUGGGCUCACUUGUUACCCAAAAUCACUAUUCCCGGUUGCUUCCAUGCGCUUGAAACUCUGGAAAUGAGCAUCCCUAGCCUACAUUCUCCGCACAAAAGAGAUCGUUCUACAUAUACCCGACAAGUUGGGCAAUUCCACGCUUUUCUGAAGGAGCUCCCACGCUUGAAGAUGUUCAUCGGGUAUGGGUUUGCACAAACUAGUCUGGGGGUGCUGGCGAAAUAUCACGCCGGAGCCCUUCAUCACCUUCGGUUUCGGUAUACUACACUAGGCUCCGAUCUUGGAAUGGCAACAGGUUCAGAAAUCCAAUGCCACUCUGCCGCGAGCAUUCUAGAUAUAAUCGACCUGGCUAUUCAAUUUCCCAACCUUCUAUCCCUCGGCAUUAACCUGGACUGGACAGCUGAAUACGAGCUACCAUAUGAUAUCCUCGCCAACAUUGUCCAACACACUCGUCUUCGACAUUUAGAACUCAACUUACCAAACCUUUCCCGCUGUGAUUCUCGGCCCUGGCCUUUUCCCAACCUCAGCGAAAACAUUUGUCGGGCCCUCAUCGAAUCUUUUGACAGGGCGUCCUUGAGACUUCAAUCCGUACAUUUUGUCCUUGGCGAUCUGUUUCCUUUUAAACGUCCACCAAAUAUACGAUCGCAUAUGGAGGCGUUUGUCGUCGGCGAGCGAGACUCCGUGGGUCAGAUGCGCUUUGACAAACUCUGGCAGUAUACGCAGGUUGGGGUGUUGAUGUUUUCAGGGAGUUUGGUUCCACGAGUUCCACCACAUCAGCUAAGGGGACACUGGCCUGCUAAUCUGCGGCAGGAUGUAGAAGGCCGAAUCAGCGACCUCUUCUGCGGGAGAAGGUAA